CCUGUUCCGGUCCCGGUCCUGCCCCGUGGCAGGGGCGCUACCAGCGGCUCACGGCACGGGCUGAUGGCACGAAUUGUGAGUACCUACCUGAGGCACAAACCACGUUGUGCAGUCACUGCUCUGCUGAAGCACUGAAUUUCUGAAUUUCUCUGAAGUUACUCCUGCUGUUACUGGAUCUGCACAUGAUCGCUGCUCACGCCGUGGGUGAAUUAGUUAUCAAGAAGCAUGAAGCAUGGUGGGAGUACUUCCUAAAAGAAAAUCAGGAAUCUGUGGCACAAUUGCACUUUGUUGAAAAUUGUGGAAAGUUCUCUAGCACUUUUAUUUAGUAAUUAAAUUGAAGACAUGGGGCCUAUGAAAUACAAAUCAAGUGUGUCCUCAGUGUCCUGUGGUCUGCAGUAUCACCAUUCAUUGAUGAAGUGGAAUCCCAAAGUGAAUUUACACGUGGUGAGGACUUACUGCCCAUCGGCGCCCAAGAGGCCCGAAGCCAAGUCUGCAGUGGAAAUGGCCAUGGGUCUCCUUCAUCGGAUCACAGAAUCAGGGACUGCUAUGGGGAAAAACUCCCUCCAAAAAGUGUCUGCAACAUGCAGGAAUUGGUGGGACAGAUACGAAGAAUUUGUUGGAAUCAAUGAAGUUCGAGAGGCUCAGGGAAAAGUGACGGAGGCAGAAAAUGUCUUUAUGAUAGCUCGAGGGAUAGUACGAGAGGCUCGUGAAAAUGUAGAAGCCCAACAGAUUAAACUGAAGGAAAUUCGGGAUCGCUUAGACAGGGUCUCUCGGGAUGACACCCAGUAUUUAGAACUGGCUACUCUGGAACACAGGUUGCUGCAGGAAGAGAAGAGGUACCGAGCUGCAUAUUUGAAUGCAGAAGAAUCUGAGAGAGAAAAGUUCUCUCUCUUCUCUGCAGCUGUCAGGGAAAGCCAUGAGAAGGAACGCACAAGAGCUGAAAAAACAAAGAACUGGUCUAUUAUUGGCUCUGUGCUGGGAGCUGUUAUAGGUGUUCUUGGUUCCACCUAUGUCAAUCGAGUACGGCUGCAAGAAUUGAAAGUCUUGGUGCUUGAAGCACAGAAGGGCCCGGUAAAUUUACAAGAAGCCAUCAAAGAACAGGCCUCCAGCCAUUACUUGCAGCAGAAAGAUCUCAGUGAUGUCAUAGAAGACCUAAAAAAGGUGCUGCAAACAACAGCAUCGAAGGGAGGGAAGGAAGGGGCUUUGUUAACUAGAGAAACCAGGAAUGACUCCUUAAAAAUAGAUUCUCUUUUAAUGCCUUUAAAUGAGCAGCUAAACUACAUUAAACAAGUCAGUUCGUGUCUGGGGAGUUUACAACAGCAGUUUAACAAUCUGCAGGAAAGCAUCACACAGGUGCUGUCGGAGCUGCAGAGUGUCAAACUCGCCAUCCAGUCCCGACCUACGGAAAGAGUGAUGCCAAGGCCUGCAGGGGAGGGCAAGGGCCAGGCUGCUGCUGUGAGAGACGUGAUUCUGGAGUUGUGUGAUACCGAGCGGAGACUGGAAACGCAAAUCAAGAGAAGUUCUAUUUACAGCACUGCACUGACAUGUGCUAUGUUUGCCAUUACUCUGCCUGUACUCUAUAUCAUCCUGAAAGGGAACUGAUCCCUAAUUAAUUGCCACAACUUAGUCGAUUAAUAAAGGUGAACUUGCACUCUAAGUACCUGGAGUACAAGUCCAAAUA